GGAGCCAGCGCCGCAGGGUCUGCGUUACUGGCGUUAAACGCGCCGCAGAGCGCGUGUGCCCACUUGUUCGGGAAACGCGUUCCGGAAGCGGAACCCGGGGCGAUCCAGCGGAAGUGAGUAGUGGAGAGCGAGGCGCUGACGUCAGGAGGCCGGGGCGGGGCGGCUCGGAUGCAAGGGGCCUGGGCGGGGAAGUGAAGCGCUGGUUCCGAGCCGACCCGCCUGGAGAGAGCAGCCCCCGGAGCAGGGAGUGAGCGUCGCAGCGGUUUUUCAGUAGAAGUCUUGGGGUGCAUUUUCAUUGGUUAAAAAAUGACUACUCUUGAGAAUUUAGAAACUAAAGUCACCCUGACUUCCACCCCAGUCCGAGGAGCGGGAGAUGGAAUGGAAACUGAGGAGCCAUCCAAGCCUGUUGAAGUUGCCCCUGGAGCCCAGCCUCGGAAGCCCCAGGUCCUUCAGAGCCCACGAAAGAAAGCCGUCACAUCCCAGAGCCCGGGUGUCCUACAGCUGGGGAAGCUUCCCACGGAAAAAGCAGUGGAGGUCGAAGCCAUGAGGAUAAUAGUUCCCAAGGCUGCUAUCACCCACGUGGUCCCCAACAAAACUGCCAAGGCGAAGCCUGUGGGCCGCCCUACAGGAGAGCUCCCUGGCCAGUCGGAGGGGGCCGCAGAGGCGAAGAGCACACUGGAGAAGCUCCAGAGCUCCGAGAGGAGGUUACUGCAGGACAGGGAGGGUCUUUCCAACCAGCUCCGCGUGCAGACGGAGGUCAAUCGGGAGUUGAAGAAGCUCCUGGUGGCUUCAGUUGGCGACGAUCUUCCCUAUCACUUCGAACGUCUGGCCCGUGAGAAAAACCAGCUUAUUUUAGAAAAUGAAGCCCUAAGUCAGAACACAGCUCAGCUGGCCGAGCAGUUAGAACGAAUGUCAAUACAGUGUGAUGUAUGGCGAAGCAAAUUCCUCGCGAGCAGGGUCAUGGCAGACGAGCUGACCAGCUCCAGGGCCACUCUGCUGCGGCAGCACCGGGACAGCCAGGGCGCGCUGCAGGACCUGCUGAGUGAGCGGGAACAGCUUCGCCAGGAACUGAGCGCCACCCACAAAUUGCUGGAGGGGCUCCUGGUCUCCUUGCAGUGGGGCCGAGAGCAAACCUACUACCCGAGCGCACAGCCUCACAGCACAGCAGAACUGGCAGCAACAAACCACAAGUUGGCAAAAGCAGUAUAUUCUCAUCUUCUGGGAAAUGUUGGAACCAACAGUCAGAAAAAGAUUCUGCCAACAGCUGAAUUCUGCAGCACCCCAGCGGAAAAAAUGGCUGAAACGGUUCUACGCAUUUUGGCCCCGGUCACCUGUACAGAGAGCUCAGCUGACAAUCCAUUUUCUGCGUCUUCACCAACCACCUUACUUGCUACAAAGAAAAACAUUGGGCGAUUCCACCCCUACACUAGAUAUGAAGAUAUAACUUUCAAUUGCUGCAAUAAUUGCCAGGGAGAACUCACUGUCCUCUAACGUGUCCCGCUGGGCGCGUGCUGCAGGCAUGUGCCUGUUACUCGAGAGUCGUUACUGUUCAGGGGCUGGGGUUUCUACAGUGUUAGACGUGCUCUGCUUUCUAUUCAAAUAAUGCAUAUCCCCAAAGAUGUUUCAUGUACUAGACUUCAGAUGACCCUUUCCUAAUAAAUGUCUCAGGGUAAGAAAAGAUUGAAAUGAUGCAGAUAUCUCUAAAGUAGAGAAUGCUUCCCAGGCAUUACAGAAUGCUUGUCCUAAAGGACUCUAAAUGGAAAAAAUUAUAUCCCUUCCUUCAGGCCCUAUGUUGUGUCUGUUGCUCUGUCCCAUAUGAGCAGAUGCCAUUCUGAUCAUUGAAAUCGGUGACCAGCAAACUGGAGCCUGGGCCCUCUGCAGCCACACCCAUCCGGCUGCCUUCGCCUGUGGUGGGCGCGCUUAGAAGAUGGGGCGGCCGGAGGCAGGCAGAGCUGCGCGGAGGGCACGGCUGCAGAGCCCAAACCAGUCCCUGUCCCACCCUUGCCGGUUUUCGGACCUGCUGUAAAGCGGUGAUCGGCAGAGGAGUCGGGGGAGGAGUGUUCUCCCUCUCCAGUGAAUUAUGUGGGGGGCUAGAAAGGGGGCUUGGGAAAUACUAUAGGUGAAGGGACAAAUAUUUUAAAAAUAAAUGCGAUAUACUAGAAAACUAGAAGUAUUUUACAACCACAGUAACAAGUGCUUCAGCAAAAAGUGCUCGUGUCGGUUUGUGCGGGGGAUUCCAUCUUUUGAAUGGACACUGCCUGGCAUAUAUAAAAGAAACAGAUUCUAACUAGUGAGCUCAUUUUGGCAAAGCCACAAAAAUAUCCAAUUUGAUAUUUAUGAAAUACGGUGGAGAAAGGAUCUUUCUAGAAUACUGUACAAACUCAAACAUGAAAUCCAUCAAUGAAUUUAUAUUAUGUAAUAUCUAUUAUUGUUUAUGAUGGACAAUCACAAAACACUCUUUUAUAGGCCUUUAAAACUAUCCAUAAAAUGUUUAUACCAAAUUAUGUUAAUUGGUUACAGAAGUGCCUGUCAGUAGAGAAAUCUUCAAAAAACAAAUCUGGUGAAACUGUAAUAUAUUUUAAUGUCAACCUAAUGUGUUUUUUUGUCUGACUCAUUGGAGUUAUAUUUGAAAUUUUAUGUGGCAAUAAAUUUCUCUAUCUUCUUUA